AUGUCUUUAUUCAUUAUUUUUUCUGUUUUUGAAGCAAUAUUUGAUUUUUCAUAUACUGGGAAAUCUCAGAAUAAAACACUUGAACCUGGAUACUAUAAAUUUGAAGUUUGGGGUGCACAGGGUGGUGGAUCUGCAUACACUCAAUCUGGUCAAGGAGGUAAAGGAGGUUAUUCUGUUGGUUAUUUAAACCUUGCUGAGACGACAACAAUAUAUAUCCAAGUUGGAGGUGUUGGAAAAGCAGCAGUAUAUAGAUUGGCAGAAGGUGGAUACAAUGGAGGUGGCUGUGCAUGGUCAUCCGAUUAUGGUGAUCCAGGACAUGGUGGUGGAGGUGGAACAGACAUCAGAAUCAAUGAAGAUGACAUUUAUUCACGUGUAAUUGUUGCAGGAGGCGGUGGAGGUGGUGGAGAAGAUAAUGAAAUGGGAGGUUAUGGAGGUGGCCUAACUGGAGGUGGAAAUUCAGCUGGAAAUAAUUAUCCAGGUACUCAAACUUCAUCAUCAAGUGGAGGUGCUUUCUUUCAAGGAGCACAUACUGCAUGGGAUGGAGGUGGUGGAGGUGGAGGUACUCAAGGUGGCUCUCAAACGAAGCCAACAGGAAAUUCUGAAGGUGAUUCUAAUGGAGGUAGUGGAGGUAGCGGUUAUGUUUACACAGAAUCAACAGCAAAAAACUAUCCAAUUGAAUGCAAACUAACACCGAAAUACUAUUUGACAGAAGCAUCUACAACUGCUGGAAAUCAACAAAUCACAAAACCAGAUGGAACAACAUCCACCGGACAUUCAGGAAAUGGAUUUGCAAGAAUUACUGUAAUUGAUGCCGAUUUUAAUUAUUUGAUAUUAGAUAACGAGUUAUCUGUCAAUGGAUUCGGUAAUAGAUGUGCCAAUGUUGUUGUCAUAAAAACAGUAUUAACUGGAAAGAAUAUUAUUUCAAUUGCAAAUAAUGCAUUCAAAGAUCAAAGUUGUAUCACAGAGGUGAAAAUACCAGAAACAAUCAGAAAAAUUGGUUCUAGUGCAUUUGAGAAUUGCGAAAAUCUUGUUAAUGUUUCAUUUAUUACUUCAUCAUCACUUAUUUCAAUUGGAGAUUCAGCAUUUAAAAUGUGUUCUAAACUUAAUUCUAUAUGUGAUUUAUCUAAAGUUACAUCACUUGGUGAAUAUUGUUUUCAAGGGUGUUCUUCACUUCAAUCUUUAAGUAUACCGCAAGUUACUUCUCUAAGUAAUUCACUGUUUCGAGAUUGUACUGGUCUUACAUCAUUAAAUUUAUCAGAAAAUUUAAUUUCAAUAGGAACUAGUGCUUUUCAAAAUACAACUUUUUCAAUUUUCAACAUUUCAUAUUUAAAUAAAAUAGAAUCAAUUUCAUCUUCUGCAUUCAAAGAUUGUUUUAAUUUAGAAGAAGCAUAUAUUCCACAAGAGUUAGAUAGCAUUGGAGAUAAUGCAUUUGAGAACUGUGAGUCAUUAAGGUAUGUAAAUCUUCCAUUUAACUUGAAAUCACUUGGGAAGUUCUGCUUCUCUGGCUGCAGGAAUUUGCAACAGAUUUAUAUUCCUUAUUCACUCAUUAAUAUAAAAAAUUAUGCAUUCGGUUCCAGUGGAAUUGAAACUGUUUUAAUUCACUCGGAUGCAGUUGUUGAUGGUUAUGCAUUCUAUAACUGUACUUUUCUAAAAAGAGUUGAGAUAUUUGAUAAUGCUAUCGUGAUGCCUAAUGGUUUCUCUAAUUGCACAAACAUCCAAAAAGUUGUUGUGUAUGAUUAUGUAACUCUUUUCAAUAAUUCUUUUGAUACUAUCAGUUCAAGUGUUUUCUAUUUCGGAACAACUGAUGUUUGCUACCCAAACACUGCAGAAGAGUUAGCAAGAAUCAACAGCACUGAAAUUUAUGUAAGGAAUGAGUAUCCAUCAGAUAAAUUCUGUGAAAUACAGAUUGUAAAAUGUACUUCUGAUUCUGUCUCAUCAAGCAAGUGUUUAAACACUCCGUAUUACAAUGAUAUGCAAAGACUGGUAUUAAGAGCUCGAAGAAGACGAUGA